UAUAAUAAACAAAGCCGCGUCUAAAUUAUUUUACCGCGAAAAAUAAUAACCUAUACAACCUCCAAGUUGAUAAAGAAGAUACCUUUGUUAUCGGAAGUUUGAAAUACAACAAAUAUACACACAAAAAUAAAAAAAAAAAGAUCAUUCACCCUGACAGAGCUUGAUGCCCAACCCCUGGUCACGUCAACAGUGCUUCUCAAUUUUCAUUUUCAAUCAGUGAUCAGCAUCAGUCCGUUGACAUGAUACAACAAAUAAAUAAUCAUUUUUAUAAUUAACAAAUUACAAUGUUUUUUAUCUAAAAACAUUAUUAUUCACCUUCAAGUAAGAUAAUCUAAAUACUAAUCGGUUAUGUAAAAGUUAAUUUUUAAUCUCAGAGUGUUGAAAAACAUAAAAAAAAGAAAUGGGCCAAGGAACAGAGUGUGCUGACCGUCCAACAGAAGUUAGUGUCAUAAGAUUUGUGUCCAGGAACCGGACUAUCGAGGAAAUAGCUCCAAAAAAGGAAAUUUAUACAUGUAAACAGCAGGGUUGUGGUAAAAUAUUUACAAAUCAAGAUGAAUACAAGACACACGAAGCUUUAGAAGAAUUAAAAAUACGUUUUAUAUGUAGAGAACCAGGAUGUGGAAAAGAACUGUCAGAUCCGGGAACAAUGUGGCGUCAUUAUCAAGAGUAUCACAGCAAUGAAACGACAAAUAUAUUUAUUUGUCCUUAUACAAGUUGCGGUGGGUCAAUACACACCAGCAGUGUUAAUUUAGAGCAACAUAUAGAAAAUAGUCAUCGACAUACACCAGCUCUGAUACCUACUGAGCCAGAAAUAAUAUGUUUUGAGGGUCCAGGUAGCACUACUUCAACCACUGGUAAUCAUAUUGUCGAUGAUGAUGAUGAUGAAAUCUUAAAUGACGACGAGUGCAUUGAAAUGAUUGAUGAAAAAAUAAAUAUUAUUAUUAAUAAUAAAUCAAAUGACUCUAACAAAAAUAGUUAUAUUAAACAAAUAAAUUACUCAUCUAAAAAUAAUAACGAUAAUAAUGAUAAUGAUAGACUGAUAAUACCAGAAGAAAAUAAUGAUAAUAAUCGUUCCAAUGAUUCUGCCAAAUUAUUUAUCACUAGUGAUACUAAAAAUACUAAUCACACUAAUAACUCUAAUAGUAUAUUGUAUGAUAAUAAACAGGGACAAAUAAAAUUACAAGAGCAUAGGAUAGAUUUGGGUAAUCUUGAAAAAGUAUUUAGAAGUGGAUUUGAGGAUAAAACUUGUAGAAAUAUUAUUGAAUCGAGUAAUGAUAACAAUAAAAAUAAUAAUUUUAAUAAUAUUAAUAAUAAUGGUGCUUCUUCUACUAUUUCAACCACUACUAAUACAGCAACAACAACAACAACAACAACAACUACUACUACUACUACUACUAAUAAUAAUAAUAAUAGUGAUACGAAUAAAACAACAAACAGUGAUGAUGAGGAUGAUGAAGAAUAUACACCUAAAAAACAAAGAAUGUCAAGGUGUAAACAAGAAUUACCGUAUAAAUGUGAAGUAAAUGGUUGUGGUAAAAUGUACAAGUACAUAUCUCACUAUCGACAUCAUCAGGACAGUCACAAAGUACAAGAAAAUAAGGAAGCUAAUAAAUUAUUAAAAUCAAAUAAAAUUAAACAACAACAAUUACAGCAGCAACAGCAACAACUACACCAACAACAACAACAACAGCAACAACAACAACAACAACAACAAAGUAAAGCAUCUACUGUUAGUUUUUUUUUAUGUAAAAUACCUGGUUGUGGAGCUCAAGUAAAUAAUGUAACUAGUCUAUGGAAACAUUAUCAAGAUAAUCAUGCAAACAAUACAAAAACACCAAUUGUACAAUCACAAAUAAAAAGCAAUCAAUUAUUUCGAUGUAAAAUAUUAAAUUGCGAUAUGGAAUUUCGUACAAGUGUACAGCUAUACAAACAUUUGAAUGAUGUACACUCAGUUAACACACGAACGGCAAAUGUUAUUGGAACGCUGUUAUCAGAUAAUAACACAAAUACCAGCACCGACGCUAAGACUGAUGGGAUUGAUUGUAAACUACGAUUUAUAGAUAACGAUUUUAACCAAAAUGAUAAAAAAUCAAAGACUGAUUUUAAAGCCAAUUGCAAUGUUAUUAAUAUUACUUAUAAAGAUAACGAUAACGGUAACAAUGAGGAAUGUAAUAAUACCUCAUCAUCUAAUUCAUUAAUAACAAUGUCUAUCAAAGAAGAAUCCUCACGCGAUUGAUUACAAUCUAAUCAAUUUUAUUAAAUUAAUACUAAUAAUUAUUAUUAUUUCAAUUAAAGUGUUCACUUUGAUCAUU